AUGACUUCAUUCAAGUUUAUUUUGAAUUUAUUUUUAAUGGAAAAUAUCUUUUCUCAUACUACACCAUUAUCAAUUUAUUUGCAAUCUUCAUCUAUUGAUUUCAUUCAAGCAAUCACUAUGGUAGAUGUUUGUGCUAAAAAAUUAUCUGAUUUAAGAAAUGAACAGAGUUUUAAUGAUUUAAUUACAAAAACAAAAUCAUUUGUUAAUGAAAUUGGAUUAGUUGAAUGUGAUUUGCCAAAUAUACGUAGCCGCCGUAGGAAGCUGUUGCCUGGAGAAGUUGUUUCUGAUGAAGUAAUGACAAAUCCUUAUGACCAAUUUAAAAUUGAAGUUUUUUAUGUAGUAUUGGAUCAAGUAAAUACUUCUAUUAUAAGUAGAUUUGAAGGUGCUCGAGGUAUAUUGUCUAACUUGUCAUUAUUAACUUUUGAUCGAUUAAAGGCAACUAGCGAGGGAACAGAAAUUUCCGACGAUCAUUUCAUUGCUAUUCGCACAAAUAAUGAACUUAUUAUCGAAAGUGAAAAUGAAAAUAGCCCUGAUUCUGACUCUCCAAAUGAAAUGGAUGAUGAAGAAGAAAUUAGAAAAAAACUAUCUGCAACCGAGAUACUUAAAAUGCUUUGUUCUUAUAAUUUAGUUGCAGCAUUCCCAAACCUUUUUUUAGUAUAUAAAUAUUUAUGCACUAUUCCUACAACAUCUGCUGCAAGUGAGAGAUCGUUCUCGAAG